GCGCUUCACACCGUGGCAAUUGACUCAGUAGUAGAAGCUCAACCGCGUCGCGCGCAACAUGUGCACUACCCUGUGCUUUGGCCGUUGAGCAAGGUGAUCGCGGCUUCGGUGUCUUCUCGCGGAUGACAUUGACGUUUGAUUGAUUCAUUUGUUUUGUGCGCUUUGAUUGUCGUUCGAACGUCUACAUGUGAAUCGUGCGACAAGCCUCAGAUGUCCCAAAAACCUCGGAAUAAUACCUAGACCAUCCUCAGAACCCAGGACCCGUCGGAGAUGAUACCCACGAACGAUUUCGCCUUCUGUCGCGUCCUACCUCCGCCUUCGAAUUUCGGUCAGUCCGACAUCAGAAAACGGUGUAACGGGAUGGUGACUUCGAAACGGUCGAUGAUCUAUGGGAAUCAGGUGGAUCUUCGCAAGAAAGAGAAAGGAUUCAGGCAUCUCCACAUCAGGCCGAGUAGUUUAUUGUGCACCAGCAGUCCAGAGGAUAUUUAUAGUAAUAACGUGCAGCAGCAGAGCUACACGUGGAAAUUUCACAGGCCCAGGCCGAAAUCAGUAAGUGAUGUAUCCCCAACAACCCCCGUGAGUCAUGGCUCACCCGUAAGGUGUGUCGCUCCAAGGAAUAACAUGGAUAGCCCAAAGAAGUCACCGCAGAGCCCUGCCUCCUCGGAUAAGGCCACAGUGAAGGUCUGUUUCCCGAGCGGCGGCUUCAACCUCAUCAAAUAUGGGGAUUCAAUAGACAUCAAAGGGAUAAUAUCAAUAGUAACUGACAGGCUAUCUACGGUAGGAGAGAGAUAUUACAAGAAACUGUACGCGAUGAGAUUAUGCCGGCUGUCGUCCAAAGAAUCGUAUUGGUUGCACCAGGACAUGACAAUGCAGCAGGUGUACGAAAAAUACAUCAAAAAGCACCCCAGCUCGGAGUGGAGGUACGAACUCCGGGUCAGGUAUUUCCCGUCUAGUUUCCAGGAUUUGUGCGAGAGGGAUAAUGUAACGUUCUAUUUUUAUUACGAUCAGGUUAGACAAGACUACCUCUCUCACCCCCACUUGAGGAUAGACCAAGAGGUGGCCGUCCAGCUGUGUUGCCUCGAAAUCCGCAAAUACUUCAAGGACAUGCCCCAGAUAGCCCUGGACAAGAAGUCCAACUUCGAAUACCUCGAGAAGGAAGUGGGGAUGCACAAGUUCGUACCUCAAACAAUACUUCACACGAUGAAAUCGAAAUCGUUGCGUAAAAACAUUCAGGCUCAGUUCAAAAAGUACGUCGGUCUCAGCGUGGACGAGUGUAUGUUAAAGUUCCUGGAGAUACUGAAAGUGUACUAUCAGUUCGAUCAGGAGAAGUUCAAGGUGGAACUGGGCAGCAGCUGGUCGGUGCCGGUUGAGCUGGUGAUCGGGCCUGAGGUCGGUAUAUCGCACAUGAACUCCCAGGCGGCGGGAACCACGAAAAUCGCGGAUUUCGACCAGAUCCAGGCCAUUCAAACUCUAGUCAGCGAUUGCGAGGAUCAUGCGAAGGCAACGUUGCAGCUCAAGGUGGCCGGGGCGCAGGAGAUACUGUUCUUCACGUGUCCCUCUCUGGAGGUUGCCGAAAGCCUGGCCGAUCUCAUAGAUGGUUAUUACAGGGUCCAGACUGGCAGUCACAAUUCGAUCUGGAGCAUGAAAGCAACUGUUUGGAAACAGUUUCCUUGUCCUUGUAAAGAUUCUCAUUCAUCAAAGCAUAAAAGUGGUAGUAAAGGAAUCAAUGCUGAUAAUCCAACUGGAACUAUGCUUUCAGAGGAUUAUGCUGAGAUUGUUGACGAAGAAGGAGACUAUUCAACGCCUGCAACCAAAAAUUACGAGUUGGAUAGAAGUCGGCUAGAGUUGGGAGAAAUCCUGGGCGAAGGACAAUUUGGAGAUGUCCAUAACGGUACGUUCGUUGGCAAGGACGGCAACUUAAUUCCCGUGGCUGUGAAAACUUGUAAGGGUGAUGCCGAUCUUGCAACAACUGAGAAGUUCCUUGAAGAAGCAUAUAUCAUGCAGAAGUUUGACCAUCCCCACAUAAUCAAACUGAUUGGCAUCUGUUCCGCAUCGCCGGUAUGGAUCGUGAUGGAACUGGCUCGCCUAGGCGAACUCAGAUCCUAUCUUCAGAACAACAAGAGCCGCCUAGAUCUAGCUACUCUGUUGCAGUACGCAUUCCAAUUGUCCACAGCUUUAAGUUAUUUAGAAUCUAAGAAAUACGUUCAUCGUGACAUAGCAGCUAGAAAUGUCUUAGUCAGUAGUCAUAUGUGUGUGAAAUUGGCCGACUUCGGUCUGUCAAGGUGGAUGGGCGACGACCAAAGUUAUUACAAGGCUUCCAAAGGAAAAUUGCCCAUUAAAUGGAUGAGUCCAGAGAGCAUCAACUUCAGAAGGUUCACGACUGCCAGUGACGUCUGGAUGUUUGGUGUAUGUAUGUGGGAGAUCUUGAUGUUAGGCGUCAAACCAUUCCAAGGUAUCAAAAAUAAUGAUGUCAUAGGAAAAAUAGAAAACGGGGAACGAUUACCAUUACCUACGAAUUGUCCACCUAGAUUAUACUCACUAAUGUCUCAAUGCUGGGCUUAUGAACCAAGCAAAAGACCUAGCUUUAAAGAAAUAAAGGAAAUUCUUCAGGGAAUACUCAUGGAAGAGAGAUCUUGUCAGCAAGAAACUUUAAGAAGGGAAAAUAGGAAAUUGGCAGCUAUGUCUUGGGGGCCCACAGACGAUCUACCACCUCCAAAGCCGCUGAGGUACCCAAUGCAAGGAGAAAUAUCCUCUUCUCUAGCCUCUUUGGAUGUGGAAGAACCGGUUGGACCACAAACAUACAUCAUAGCUCAAAACCCCGAAGUAUUAGCCCACCUUAUGAAGGAGAAUGAAAAUAGGGGACUUACACCUGCAGCUUACACUACACCAGCCUCGGUAUUUAACACAGUAGCUGUAGUUUUCGAGAAAAAAGAAGAUAUUUCUGAACCCAUCCUUAAAACCACACCAAUUCCUGUUCAAAACCUGCACAAAUUAGAUCCCGAAGUCCCUCAUGAUGAGAAACCUAAAACGGGUACUCUAGAAAGAACACCGUCGCGUUCUGGAAGUACUGGAAGCGCAACCCCAAGCAUGGGGUCUCUUGAGAGGAGGGUAUCUACAAAGCCAGAAAACACAUCUCCAAAGAUGAAUUCUCUGGAGAGAAAUACCCACUUGGUACACAGUAGUCAUAGCAGCCUGGAUAAAUCUGGGAUGUUCAGUCCGAAAUUAGGUUCGUUGGAACGUAAAAAUAAGACGGGGUCACCCAAAAUGGGGUCCCUAGAGAGAACCCACAGUUAUACCCCCAGUAUGACACCCAGAAUGGGUUCGUUAGAGAGAAACGCCCAUAUCUCUUAUCCGGAAUAUUUCCCUAACUAUCACCCCGAGCCAACAAUGUAUCAAUUCAACGAUAAAUCUAAAGAUAUUCAACAAGUUGAAGAAAGUAUCUACGAUUUUGGAGGGGCAGAUGUCAAAAGCUGCGCGCAUAAGCAGCAAUUUUACGUGCAGAAACAAGAAAAGAUGCAAGAACAAAGAAUACAGCCCAAUCAAUCACUUUAUGGAAAUCAGUUGUUAGAAUCUCAUCGAUAUCACCCUGGAAAUGUUUCCAGUUUUAGUCAUCACGUCUUGGAUCAGAGAUUAAGGCAGCAACAGUUGGAAUCGGAAGAAGAUUCCAGGUGGUUAGCCGAGUCAGAAAGUAGUCUGAAGAAACGUCUGAGUAUAAGUGCGCCAACAGGUGAUCAAGAUUUCCAAGGCGAUCUUGCGCAAUCCCUAACAUCCCUUCCUACUAGUCCAAUCUGCAUGAAUUAUAGCAGCUCCUCCCAGGCUUCGUAUCAGUUGACUGAAAGCCUUGGAAGUAUGUCUUUGAGCGGAAAUGGAUUGCAAAGUGGUACAGGAUCUCAAUGUAGUAGUAAGAGUCACUCUCCGGCAGGAUCACUUACAAGUACCAUGACCCUAAUAACUAAGCAGGAGAGGAGUGCUACACCCCAGAGUGGAUCAGAAGGAAGUGAUACAGAAAAGGCAAAGAAAGUGACUCCUACUCCAACUGCUGAUCUGGACAGAACUAACGACAAAGUGUACGAUAGUACUACGCAGGUUGUGAAAGCUAUAAUGUCAUUAUCACAAGGAGUCCAGAAAGCCUAUGCUGAUCAGUAUUUGGAUUUGGUGAAGAAGGUUGGAUUGGAAUUGAAAUCGUUACUGACGAGUGUAGAUGAGAUUGUGGUAUCCUUUCCGGUUUCUGCCCAAAGGGAAGUGGAAAUGGCACAUAAAGUGUUAUCCAAGGAUAUGGCUGAACUUGUGAAUACUAUGAGGCUGGCGCAACAGUACAGUAAUACUACGUUAGACACGGAGUACAGGAAGGGUAUGCUGGGAGCUGCUCAUGUGUUAGCUAUGGAUUCAAAGAACCUCUUAGAUGUAGUAGAUGCUAUAAGGAUACGUUACCCACAUAUAAACGAAAAUAUAUUCAAAGCCAAAAAUUGUAUUUCGGAAGCCGAAGAAAUGUGUAGUAGUUCUACGGAACCAUCCGAAAAGCAAGAUAUGACAAAAUCUACAGAUAAUUCACUUGAUUACCCAGAUUUACCUAGUUCACCAAAAGCAGUAUCUUGUACCUUUGUUCCCAUGCAUUCUCAUACUCAAACCUCCUCAACCUCUUCUAGUUUGAAUUUGGGACAUGCAUUAGACAGUUAGUAAAAAUAAGUAUAAAUGUGUGGAAAAUUCAAACAAUAACUGCAGCUUCAAAAAAUCGAACAUUUCGAAGGAAUAAGGGCUUGAUAUCAGUAUCCAAAUUUUUAUUGGAAAUAUUUCAUUUAUUGCUGCCGGAAUUGUAAGAUGAAUAUAAUAUCUACUUUCAAAAAUAGAUUUUUAAACUGAUUUAGGAAUGCCUACCGCACUAGAAGUUAGCGUUGGAUAUCAUAUCAUCAUUGAAGAUCAGAGUUCAUCAUAUUUUGAAUUUGAAAAUCUGUCUUUCAGGAGAGUUAUUUGUCAAUGGAGUCUGGUCUUUUCAUAUCAUUGCUUCCGUUGAUAUUUUAUCAAGGCAAAAUUAUGAUGUAUCACAAAUUUAUUUUCGAACUCUUUGUAUAUGCUCAUUGGAUACUAUAUCUCCAAUACUAUGGUUUGAUGCUAAUUAUCUGUUUAAAUUAAAUCUAUUGUAUACCUCAACCUGAAUAAAUAUGAAACAUAUUUGAAGGCUUUCUUCAGUAUGAUCAGCAUUGUAAAAAUUCUUAAUUUUUAUUGAAGUUAAGUUCAUCAUGUUUCCAUGAAAUUAUAUUAAUGAAUCAUUCAACUGAAAGCCUUCCCUAGUAUUGGGUUAACUCCCAUCUUGAACAAAUAUUUAUUCAAACCUUUUGUGUUUCUAAGACUGCAUAGGAUAUUUCUUUUAUGUAUAAGGCUUGAAAAGUGGCAUUCUUUAUCAACAUACCACAAUAUUCCUUCUUAUUAUUGCUGUAGUAUGAUGAUUGUAUAUGAGAAGGUUUAGUUUUAAUGGAGUGGACAAGUUUAUUUAAAUUCUUGAGAAGAAUGUCCGAUAAGUGUUGAUUUGAUGAUGAGGAAAUUUUGUAUAUUUAUAUUUUUUUGUAUGAUAUGUAAAUGUUUUUGUUUUUGUUCCGAGCUUAUUGAAUAAAACUAGUGAAUUUUGA